CAUAUCGUGUGGCUUUAGCUUCAAUUUGACGACUUUGCAAUUCAUGUUGUUUUAAGUUUGCUGUGGAAGUUUCAGUACCUCUUUGUAUGACCUUUCAAAAGCUUAAUGAUUCGGAAAAAAGUGUUCUUGACUUACAAGCGAAAGAGGCUACCAGGUUCUGAUCUUUUUCCGGAAAAUGGGACUCACAAUACACCUUCUGAGUGUAGAAAAUCAAAGGCCGUAGCCCCUUUGCUGGAGGAAGAGGAGAAGUAUGACAACCCUAGCUUCAAGGAUGAAAAGAAAGACUUUGAGGAUAAUUCUGAAGAAGUUCAGUCUUCAAAGGGUUCCAAAGGGCCUCUUUCUGAAGGAGAAUCGAGGAGUUCACAGAAGAGAUUAUGUUCUUGCAUUAUUUCAGGCAGUUUAUGUGAUAGUAAGUGCACCCAGAAGUUUUCUCGUUCCCCGUUGACAGGAUUGAAUUCUUUGAGAGAACAGGAUUUGGUCUCCCCAAGUUCUGGUGGUGAGAGGGGAUGCAAUCUUCAGGAUUCUGAUUCUUCUGAUUUGGUAAAACCGAGUCCGGAAGAAGCUGACACACUAAAAGAUAUCUCUCUGAUCCCCUCUGUAAAUGCAGUUAGUACAAGUAAAUUGUCUUCCAGUCUGAUUACUUUUCAGCGAAGAGCCAAGCGGGACAAGGAUGCAGGCUGGGCAGAUGCCAAGGGCAAUCUUGAAGCUGAAGAUGUUGCUUGCUUAUCAGUUGUAAAUACUGCAUGUCUUGUCUCUCCUCAUGACACUGAAAAAUCAGUUGCUAAGAGUUGCUCGGUGGAUCUUUCAGUAGAUUUUAAGCAUCCAGAGACAACCAACGGAGGUGACACUUAUCGUGCUUGUGCUGGAUCUCCUUCACAGAUGAAGAUAUUGUUAGAUGUUAAUGAACAGCCUAUCUCAGUGAAGGAAGCUCCACCAAUCGACGAAGUAGCUGAUCCAAAUUCUGGAGUAGGUUUCUCUGGUUUGGAUGACGGUGUUGCUUCAGAUGCUUUCAAGGAGUCAUCAUUUCAUAGCCCUCAGGACCCUUCUUUUGAUGGUUUAUCCAGAACUGAAGUGCCAAUGUCGUCUCCCUUAGAGGUUGCAAGUAACAGUGGUUCCCAAGCUUUAGAUAUAUCUAUACCUUGUGAUAGUGAUGACAAAAUGGACCGCAAUAGGUCAGAACAAGCAUCUGAUGAACACCUCAUUCCAACUGCACUGGAAGUUCAGCUGAACCCUCCUUGCUCCUUGAAUGGAAAUGAUUCCACGGUUUUACAUAGGGUGCCUUCUGAUAAAAGUUUGGAAUUACUUGACAACAAGCCCGAGAAGAUAACUCCAAUUCAUGCAGAGUUACCUGAAGCUGGUUGCUUAUCUGGAAAAGCAAUGGUUGAUAGUUGUGCAGGUAGUUCUUCGAAGAAUGAUUUACUGCAGCUUUUGUCGGAUGAUAGAACCUACAACUUUUUCCCAUUAGCAAGCCUGCAGGAAAAUGAGAGUGCUCAUGCUAAUUCUAAAGAAGGAAAAGCUUCCUCGUUAGAAGACAAGAGACAUUGUGCGUUUACUAUAGCAGAAUCCUCAGAUUUUCUUGGUUUGUCACUGCCAAGUCAAGCUUUAGUUUCGAGAUCCUCACAGUUGGCUGACGUAUGGAAUCAACCAAGCGAAUUCAUUCAAGGAGCAGCUUCUCAGUUUUCUGUUGAUGCAUCAAUGCUUCACCGACAUCAAAUGAUCCUGGAUAACAUUCUUAAUAGAGCAAGAUCUCAAAACGGAAACAAGAGGAGAUUUGCAGAAAAAUUAGGGUCUCCAACCAUGUGGUCAGAAGAGGAGCUAGAUUCUCUUUGGAUUGGUGUGAGGCGGCAUGGAAGAGGUAACUGGGAUGUGAUGUUGAGGGAUCCAAGACUGCGCUUUUUUUCCUGGAGGACACCAACAGACUUGGCAGAACGGUGGAUGGAGGAACAGUCUAAACUUUUACAUGGAAAAUCCAUUUCCCCUGUGAGACAGUUACAUAAAGCUGAUGUUUCAUCCCAUGGUAUGGAUGAUGUUCAACUUUCACUUGGGCAUGCACAUUCCCAGUCAGAGGGGAACAUCCGGAGCCAAAUACCAUUUCAUUUUCCAAAUGUUCAAAAUACUUCGCACAAAUUACUUCACCUGGCUACAACAAAUGUAGGGACCUUAGAUUCUCUCUGUCUCAGGGGAAAACACAAAAGAGCUAGAUUCAAUCAAUCCGAGAACUCUGCAGGUUCAGGUGUUGAAUGUUCAUUCAGUUCUCGAAUUAUGAACAGAGUGUCUGAAGUAGGUAAUUUGCCUCACUGGCUUAAGGAAGUGGUUGCUAUCCCACCCAGGCCUCCUGGAUUUGCCCCAGAUUCUUCAUGGUUUAUCCAUCCAUGGAUUGGUCCAGCGUUUUCUGAACCUAACCGAGCUCAUUAUGAAUCAAUGAACAGACUGAGCGACUUGUACACUACACCAAAAACUGAGCUGAAUAAUGGUAAUGCUGAUUGUGCUCAUCUCCCUAUGAGAGAGGGGAAGCAACAUUGUAAGACAGAAGCAGAUGAAAAAGUUGAGCUGAUUGUCAUCAAUAGCGACGCCUCAUCAGAGGAGACGAUAUCAGAUGAUUGUAAUGUAAGGCAUUAGCUUAAGUUGGGAUUUCAUAAUUCAACAAUGGUUAAGCUUGUAUAAAAGUAGUUUAAGUAUCUCAGCUAUUUCUCGAGGGUGAGAUUAGCUGAAUGAGGUAGUUUUUAUUUUCCCAAAUUCUUAUUUUAGCUAUUUGCUGGUAGCUGUAUGUUGUAAACUCACUUUAGUUCCUAAUUAGGGAUUGGAUCAAA